AUCCAAAGUUCCAAACCAUCCCCACCCGUCCACCCCCCUCGCCUAUUCCGCCGCCACGCCCUUCCCGCCGUCGCGAGGCGUAUCUUUCGGCGACAUACGCAGAGCUGCCACACGCCAUGGAGAAGACCGAGGCUAAGAAACCCACGCCCGCAUCCCCCCUCUUCUCCUUCUCCAACCCCAGCGCCUCCUUCGGCUUCGGGUUCGGCGCCGCGCCCGGCCCUCCCCCUCCGCCUCUGCCGCCAGCUGUCGAGGUCCUCCUCUCCGAGGAAUCACCCGUCGCGGCCGGCAACUUGGAGCCUGUGGUGGUUGACGACUCCCUAUCGAUUUACAAGGGGAGAGUUAACACCUCUGAUGUUUUCGGGGUAAAAAACUCUGAUUUGGUUCCAGGAAAAUAUGAAGGUGGGUUGAAGCUGUGGGAAGGAUCAUUGGACUUGGUGAAAACCCUAAAUUCAGACAUCAAAGAUGAUCGAUUGCUUAUGGAAGGCAAACACGUACUAGAGUUAGGAUGUGGACAUGGCCUCCCUGGCAUCUAUGCAGGUCUGAAGGGUGCUGGUCUAGUUCACUUCCAAGAUUUCAAUGCUGAGGUCCUUAGGUGCCUUACCAUCCCAAAUGUAAAAGCUAAUCUGUUGAAGAAAUCAUCUCAAGGAACAUCCACAUCUAGGAGUAUUGGUUUUUAUGCUGGUGAUUGGAGUGAAAUCGACAAGUUACUUCUUUGCGGAGAUGCUGUCCAGGAUAAAAUAACCAAUCUUCGCACAGAAAAUGAAGGGUAUAGAGGCUAUGAUAUCAUCCUGAUGGCUGAGACUGUUUAUGCAUUGGAUUCACUUCCUAGUCUCUACAGGCUCGUCAAGAAGUGCUUACACUACCCUAGUGGUGUAGUUUAUAUGGCAGGGAAAAAGCAUUACUUUGGUGUAGGUGGCGGCACAAGGCAAUUUCUACGCUUGGUUAGAGAAGAUGGUGCGAUGCAGUCGGACCUGCUUGCUGAAGUUACUGACGGAUCAUCCAAUGUUAGGGAGGUUUGGAAAUUCUCAUUCAAGUAGACUAGCAUGGCCUCUGUGGUUGUUGUAUCAGAUACAAGCGUGUACUGGGCUCCAUAGUGGUAGAGUGUGAGCCUUGGUUUAGCGGUAUCAUGGUGUUUUAAUGCACUGUUAGUUUCAAGUUGAUUGUCCAUGAGCUCUUGAGAAGUCAUACAAGUACUUGAGUCCUAUCUCUGAAUUACGACUCUUAAAA